AUGAAGUUUUCACAUUCUUUGCAGUUCAAUGCUGUUCCUGAAUGGUCUUCAAAAUAUAUUGCUUAUUCAAAUUUAAAGAAAUUAAUUUAUAAUUUACAAAGAGAAUCCUUGAAGACUAGUGCUGCUAAUUAUAACGAUGAUGAAGCUUCUUAUUUGGUAACUAAUGAUCAUCAAGGUCGUGAUUUAUCAAAAGUUUUCUUAGCAGCUUUAGAUUCUGAAUUGAAUAAAAUUAAUUCAUUUUAUCAAGAGAAAGAAGAUACAACUUAUCAAGAUUUUGAAUUAUUAUUAAAAGAUUUAGAUGAUUUUGAAAAAGAAGUACGAGCAUCUCAACAAGUUGAUGCUAAUACUAAUGCUAAUGGUAGAAAACAACCUUAUAGAGCUAGAUCAAUUCCAAAUGUUUUCUUUGGUGACCAAGGUGUUGAAUCAGGUGAUGGUUUAGAUAGUGAUGAUCCAAAUACGACUGAUCCAAAUAUCGUUUAUAGGGGUCGUUCUGGCUCAUUAGAAUUAGAUCAAAGAGUUAGAAGAAAUUCGAAUUUACAAAGGUCAAGAUCACCAGAAUUUUGGGAUACAGAUUAUGAUAAUUUAGGUUUUGGUAAUAAUGAUCCGUUUUCAGUUUUAGCAGAUUUAAGAAUCACUCUAAAAAGAAGAUCAAUUGCUUUAUUCACUGUACUUUCAGAAUUAAAAUCUUAUAUUGAAUUGAAUAAAACUGGUUUUACAAAAGCUUUGAAAAAAUUUGAUAAAUCUCUUAAUACAAAGCUAAAAGCUGAUUAUUUAAUAAAUUUAGAAAAUACUUAUAUUUUCAAACCAAAUACUUCAGAAGUUUUAAAAUCAAAUAUUGAUAAUCUUGUUCAAAUCUAUUCAAAUUUAGCAACAAAUGGUUCAAUUGAAAAUGCUAAAUCAGAAUUAAGAUUACAUUUAAGAGAACAUGUUGUUUGGGAAAGAAAUACAGUAUGGAAAGAUAUGAUUGGAUUAGAAAGAAAAGCUCAAAAUGCCACUGUUGCCAAAACUCCAAGUUCUAAAGAAGCAUUAAAUGAUGAUACACCAAUUUCUACAAGAAAAUUAUUCAAUCCAACAGUUUGGAAAUUAUCACUAAUUACAAUUAUAACACUUUUAUUAUUAAAAUUUUCACCAUUUGAACAAGUUGAACAAAAAAAUUGCUUUGCCCUAUUAGUUUGUUCAUCGUUUUUAUGGGCUACUGAAUCAAUCCCAUUAUUUGCAACAUCUUUAUUAGUCCCAUUAUUAAUUGUUGUGUUUGGAGUUUUAAAAAAUGAAGAUGGUGAAAGAUUAUCACCUGAAGCUUCAUCAAAAUUCAUCUUUUCUGCAAUGUGGUCAUCUGUUAUAAUGUUAUUAUUAGGUGGGUUUACAUUAGCAGCUGCAUUAUCAAAAUAUAAUAUUGCCAAAAUUUUAUCAACUUGGAUCUUAUCAAAAGCAGGUACAAACCCAAAAAUAAUUUUAUUAACAAUCAUGUCUGUUGCUCUAUUUGUUUCAAUGUGGGUUUCAAACGUUGCAGCCCCUGUGCUUUGUUAUUCAAUCAUUCAAUCAUUAUUAAGAACAUUACCAAGAGGUUCAAAAUUCGCUAAACAAUUAGUCUUGGGUAUUGCAUUAGCUUCAAAUAUUGGUGGUAUGGCAUCACCAAUCGCUUCACCACAAAAUAUUAUUUCAAUUGGAAUUAUGGAUCCUCAACCAUCAUGGGGACAAUGGUUUGUCAUAGCUAUACCAGUUUGUUUAAUUUCAUUAAUUUUAAUUUGGUUAUUUUUAUUAGUUUCAUUCAAAUCAAAUGAAAAAAUUACCAUUGCUGGUAUUAGAACUGUUGAUGAUAAAUUUUCAGGUACUCAAUGGUUUAUCUCUAUUGUUACAAUUGGUACGAUUUUAUUAUGGUGUUUUGCACAUCAAUUAGAAGGUGUAUUUGGUGAAAUGGGUAUUAUUUCCAUUAUACCAAUGUUAUUAUUUUUCGGAAUUGGGAUUUUAACUGGUGAAGAUUUUAAUAAUUUCUUAUGGACUAUUGUUAUGUUAGCAAUGGGUGGUAUUGCAUUAGGUAAAGCAGUUUCAUCAUCAGGGUUAUUAGCUACUAUAGCAUUACAAAUUCAACAACAAGUUGAAGGAUUUUCAUUAUUUUCCAUUAUGAUUAUAUUUGGACUUUUAAUUCUUGUGGUUGCUACAUUUGUUUCUCAUACUGUUGCUGCAUUAAUUAUAGUUCCAUUAGUUGCACAAAUUGGUGCUCAAUUAGAUGAUCCACAUCCAAAUUUAUUGAUUUUAACUUCUGCAUUUUUAUGUUCUUGUGCUAUGGGACUUCCAACUUCAGGUUUCCCAAAUGUUACAGCUAUUUCAUUGGUUGAUGAUUUUGGUGAACGUUAUUUAACUGUGGGUAAUUUCAUAAGUAGAGGUGUUCCUGCUUCAUUUUUUGCAUAUUUAGUUGUUGUUACUGUUGGGUUUGUUUUGAUGAGAAUGUUGGGAUUCUGA